AUUAUAUUUUUGUUAUGUUGAUUCUAGGAUACUGCUGGCAAAGUCCUGGACCGCUGGGCCAUUAUGUCCCGGGAAGAAGAGAUCAUCACACUACAGCAAUUUCUAAGGUUUGGAGAGACAAAAUCUAUUGUGGAGCUUAUGGCCAUUCAGGAGAAAGAAGGUCAGGCAGUGGCUGUUCCUUCCUCAAAGGUUGAUUCAGACAUAAGAACUUUUAUUGAAAGCAACAACCGCACCAGGAGUCCAAGUGUUCUCUCUCACUUAGAAAACAGCAACCCUUCCAGUAUUCACCACUUUGAGAACAUGCCCAAUAGCCUUGCAUUUCUCCUUCCGUUCCAAUAUAUCAAUCCAGUUUCAGCUCCUAUGCUUGGAUUACCUCCUAAUGGGCUUAUGCUAGAACACCCUGGACUGAGGUUGCGGGAUCCUAACAAUUCAAAUCAGAAUGAAUGUGAAGAGACCAGUGAGUCUGAGGUCUCCCCCAUGCCUUAUAGCAGGAGUGAACAACCGUCCAAUAGAAAUGCUUUGAGUAGCAUUACAAACGUUGAGCCAAAAACAGAGCCAAAUAAUGCCUCCCCUUCUCAAGCCUCAACACCUACCAAUGAAAUUAAUAAACCUGACCAUGUCAAAAGUUCCUUUAAAAUUCACAGGAUGAGGCGGAUGGGAGCAUCAUCAAGGAAAGGCAGGGUAUUUUGCAAUGCUUGUGGAAAAACCUUUUAUGAUAAGGGAACUUUAAAAAUUCACUACAAUGCUGUCCAUCUUAAGAUAAAACACAGGUGCACCAUUGAAGGCUGCAACAUGGUUUUCAGUUCUCUUAGAAGUAGAAAUCGGCAUAGUGCAAAUCCCAAUCCUCGGCUUCACAUGCCAAUGCUGAGGAACAAUAGAGAUAAAGACCUUAUCCGUGCAACAUCUGGAGCAGCUACCCCUGUUAUAGCAAGUACAAAAUCAAGCCUAUCUCUAACAAGCCCUGGUCGACCUCCAAUGGGCUUUUCAACACCACCCUUGGACCCUAUUUUGCAAAAUUCACUUUCCAGCCAACUGGUGUUCCCUGCAUUAAAGACUGUACAACCUGUUCCUCCUUUUUACAGAAGUUUAUUAAAUUCAGGAGAUAUGGUGAGCCCUCCAACAUCACUACCUACUAGCCCAAUGUUGCCAGCACCUCUGGGGGUGGAACAACCUCUUCCUUCUCUGCCACAAGAGUUAUCAUCAUCUGUGAUCAACAUGUCAACACAGGAUGCAAACACAGACUUGGCUCCCAAGAAGAAGCCACGGAAAUCAAGUAUGCCCGUCAAAAUUGAAAAGGAAGUGAUUGAUACAGCUGAUGAAUUUGAUGAGGAAGAUGAAGAUCUAGAUCACUGUCCUUCCACAAAUGACAUUAACCAAGAUAACAAUUCUCAAGGUGAUUUAAGUCCUGGAUUGUCCAUCAACAGUUACUCAAAGAAUGGCAGUGGUAGAUGUAUUCUGAGGACAGACACCAGAGCAAACAGUAUCGCUUCAGAAGACCCGGAACAUGAGAGAGAUUUUGAAAAUGAUUCAGAAUCAUCUGAGCCAAAGUAUUGUGAUGAACCAAUGGAAGAUGAUCACCUUUCCUUUCACAAAGAAAGUAAUGUCAGGUCUAUGACAGACAAUGAGAAACCUUUUGAGAAUCACAUUGACUGUCAUCAGCAGGCUGUUAUAAAGGUAAAAGAAGAGUUUACAGACCCUACAUAUGAUAUGUUUUACAUGAGCCACUAUGGACUUUAUAAUGGGGGUAGUGCUGGCAUGGCUGCACUUCAUGAAAGCUUAGGUUCAUCUUUGAACUAUGGAAGCCCUCAAAAAUUCUCUCCGGAGGGUGACCUCUGCUCAAGUCCCGAUCCUAAAAUAUGC